AUGACCAGCAGUAGUAAGAUUUUCAACGUUUCCGUGUUUUUCGUGGUGUUCAGAGAAUGUCUGGAAGCAGUGGUGAUUGUCUCCGUGCUUUUGUCGUUUUUGAAGCAAUCCGUGGGAGCCCAGGACAUCAAGGUCUACAAGAGAUUGCGUAGACAGGUGUGGUUGGGUGUGGCACUCGGCUUGUUUCUGUGUUUGGCCAUCGGUGGUGGUUUUAUCGGUGCAUACUACAGUCUGCAGAAUGAUAUUUUUGGUAGUGCGGAAGAUCUGUGGGAAGGUAUAUUCUGUAUGAUCGCAACAGUGAUGAUAUCGAUCAUGGGUAUUGCAAUGCUGCGGAUCAACAAGUUGCAGGCCAAAUGGAGAGUCAAAAUUGCGCGUGCGCUGCUAGAGGUGCCAGAACGUAAGAGAGAUCGUUUCAAGAUUGGCCAUCUCACAAGACACUACGCCAUGUUCUUGCUGCCCUUCAUCACCGUGUUGAGAGAAGGUUUGGAAGCCGUUGUCUUCGUGGCCGGUGCCGGUAUCACGACCCAGGGCUCCCGGGCGUCUGCGUAUCCACUACCUGUGGUGGUUGGUCUGAUUGCUGGCUCUUUGGUUGGAUUCAUUCUAUACUACGGUACUUCCACCUCCUCCAUGCAAGUCUUCCUGGUCGCCUCUACCUGUAUUUUGUACCUGAUCAGUGCUGGUUUGUUCUCCAGAGGCGCCUGGUACUUUGAAAACUACAGAUUUAACAAAGCCUCUGGUGGUGACGCUUCUGAAGGUGGUGACGGUAACGGUUCUUACAACAUCAGAAAGGCCGUGUACCACGUCAACUGCUGCAAUCCAGAGUUGGACAACGGUUGGGAUGUUUUCAACGCCCUUUUGGGAUGGCAAAACACCGGUUACCUAUCUUCGAUGUUGUGCUACAAUAUCUACUGGCUAUGUUUGAUCAUUGUUGUCGGCUUGAUGAUGUUCGAAGAGAAAAGAGGUCAUUUGCCAUUCUGCAAGAACCUCAAGCUUCGCAUGUUGAUGCCAACUUACUGGAUUAAAAACAAGAAGAAGAACGAAAUGACCGAACGCGAGCGUCAGGAUCUUUUCCAAAGACUCGAAAAGCUAGAGUUCAACGAGCAAGGUGAGCUUGCUCAACAAAGCAAUGGACAAGUAGUCAAGGCCGAGGGAUCUGAUAAUUCUGACUCAAAUGCUUCUACUACGGCCAAAAAGGAAGGAAACAUGGUAACUGUCCAGUCCAAAUAA